AUGUUGAGUUCAGUCAGUAAGAAGGUCAAAAUGCUGUCUGAUUUUGAGUUGUUAUGCAUUAUGCAGCCCCAAGACAAAAGUGAGCGACUUUCCAUUAAAGUAGACUACUCGGAGAACAGAGUGACCCAUCUGUCCACCUCCAACACAGACCUGUCCAGCAGGCUGGUUCAUAGCGAAGAGGAGACGCCGAAGAUAUUGAGGCAAAAAGGUGAGAUAACAGAACUUGUGACCGAGCGAGAUAACUUACUCAGUCAGCUCCAAUCAGAGAGCAGCGACCAAGAGUAUGCCUUGCUCAAGAAGAACUACUUGGCUCUGGCUGAGGCCCACCACAAAGAGCUUGCCCAAAGCAAGGAACCGAGUGUAGAGCUGCUGGCGUUGGCCCAGGCCCAGGACGCCUUGCGCAGCCAGCUGGCCGAGCCGUACCAGAAGGCUCGGGACACCUCGGACGAAUCUUCACAGUGCGCCGGAUCGAGUGAGGACCCUCAUCGGCAGCUUGUUGCAGAGCCGAGUCAAGGGGAGGUGUCGCUCCUCGGAAACCAAGAGGAGAUGAAAGACAUGCUGGAGGACUUGAAAGUGAGCUAUGAGGAGGAGCAGAGGAUACUCAAGGAGAAGAUUUACUUUUCUCAUGUGGUUGGAACCAAUGUUUGGCCAUCAGUGAGGCGAUGGGAAAAGAGCAGCAUGUCCGAAACAGCCAGCAGAAACCAUCUGAGCAGACGAUGGAGUUCGAAGAGGCUGCAGCUGCAAGUCAAAGAGCUUCACGAGCAAUAUCGCGCAAGGCUGGUGCGCUAUUUAAAGGACAUAACUGAAUAUAUCGGCGGCGUCGGGGGAGACAAAACGCUGUCUGAGGGAAACAAGUUGAGGGUCUUUGUGGACAACAUGUUGCGAGAUGUCUGCGCUUCCUACAGGGCCCGCGAGGAGCAGCUUGCCACCGCCGCUCGGGUUUACAAAAAGGGACUGCAGAGGACCACCAAGACCCAUCACGCCUUAAUAUGCGCAUAUAUGGAUCAGAGGGAGCAGAUUUUGGCCAAACCGGACAAGGGUCUGGAGCCUGGACCCACAGAAACCCAUUUCGACCUUGAGCCCACUCAGCCAAGAGAAGAACUGGACAGGUUUCUCCAGCAAAUUGAGGAGGAUAAGUAAAAAAUGGGAGGCAGGAUGCCAAAACUGGAGGAGAUAUUACAAGAAUCCCGGUCGGUCAUCAGGAAACAGCUGAAGGAGAUAACAGACUCUUUGUUACAGGGAAGCUAUGACAAGGAGCAAAAGUUAAUCACCAGAGCAACAGUUGCAGAAGCACAGGUGUCCCAGUUGCAGGGCUAUAUAGACAAGCAUCUUGACAGGUCAGAAGGUCACACCAUGAUCGUUUAGCAUUCACUUUUUUGAGAAAAUAAUGAGUGACACAUUUUACCUGCAGGUAUAAACAGGAAAUUGCACAUCUCCGUCAGCUGCGUGGUAAAAAGGAGGCUCCGGGCACACAUAACAAUGAUUAAUUCACCAUGUUUUCAUUAAUUCACCAUGUUUUUCCAGAUAGAGUUUUUUUGCAGAAAAAAAGUUAUUAGCACUUAGGUCACUUUCUUUUUUUUUAAGCCAAAAAAAAAAAAUCCUAGUCUUUUGAGCAUAGUGGGGUUUUUUUUUCCAAGAAAAAAGGAUUGAUUUCUUUCCCCUGAAAAAAAUUAAAGUUGCGUGACAUUAAAUCGUUAUAUUUUUAGAAAUAUUUUUCUUUUUUUCCCCAAAAGUUUUCUCCUACAAAUUCAGUGCAUGGUUUGAGGGGGGGAAAAAUCACACUUGAGAGAAGAACAAGGUAAAAUUUCUUCAAGAAAAGUUUUUUUUUUUUUUUUUUUCUCCUGGAAAAGGGCACAUUAUCCUAGGAAAGAAUAUUUUUCCCAAAGAGUAUUUUCUAAGAAGAUAGUUUUUUGGGGGACAAAAAUCUUAAUCUAGAUUUUUUUAUUUUCAAUUAAAAAAAAAAUAAUUUUCUAGGAAUGAGUAGUCUCUCCCUAGAAUAAAGUUGUAUUUUGUUUUAGUUUUUAAAGAAGAAAAAAUUGCGAAAAGUCACUUGUGUGAGAAUAAAUUAAUAUUUUAUGUUGUUCCAGAAAAAGUUUCAUUAUUUUCCAGAAAAGCACAUAUUUUAAAUACAGAUACACACGACGUAGAGUUAAUUCACAGCAUACAUGGUUUAAAUGUAAAAUGCCUAGAAUGGAUUUGGGAAUGGCAUCCCAUUCCACAUUCAUUCAUGUGAUCACUAGGUGGUGUGUUUGCCCCCUCCAUGUGUUCUGAAAUUCCCAGGAAGAAAUCCAGCCUUGAGAAAAAAAUUCCUGGAAUGUUUGUAAAGCUUAUGUCAAUUUCACGAGCUCAGGAGAAGAAAGCGCGGCGACAAUGAGGGGUCACCCUGGUGAGAAUAAUGUCAUUACAUGUUACCCAGACGCGUACACGCCCGUCCGUGAACACUGUCCCCUUCAAUGCGCUGAUGUGAGCUCGGGCUUUUCCCCCCUGAAUGAGCGUUCAUAUUUAUUGCCUCACAUUUGUUAUGCAAGGCCAGCCCUUUCAGUCCCUUUAACCCUUCAUAGGGCACACAUACUUGUCUAACUCCAUAUGAAUAGUGUACUACAGUUUUUAAAUGUUUUAAAAAUGAUCAUCAUUAUGUUAGUAAAAAUACAAAUGUGUUAUUUAGUUUAUCUGUUUAUUUGUCAGGGACCAUGCACAGAAAACAUCCAACUCAAGAUUAGAGACGUUCUGUGCCAGAUUAGUUUUGUAGCUAAUUUCCACCUGCAGCCCCCCUGACAGGUAAGUAAAUUAAAGAAAAAGUUAAGACAAGUUUAAGAAAAAGUAGAAAGUUAAAAGAGAUUAAGAGUGGCAAACCAUAUACACAUACACAUUUCCUUAUUCACACUUACAGUAACAAAGUGCAUUAAUCAUCAAAUGGUAUAAACAAA